GUAGUAAAACAAACCUCUGUGUUAAAUUAAUUCUACAAAUUUAUUCUGUACGUGCAAACGUUAAAUAAAAAAAACGUAGAAAAUGGAUAAUGAAAACCAAAAGUUUGUGUAUCUCGUGUUUUCCUUAACUUGAGUACUUUCGAGGAUAUCCAAGUGGAGGUUGAUGUAAUGUAAAUUGAAAAAAAUUUAUUUGAAUGGCCAUGAUUCCCCCGGAUCCAAAAUAUAUUUUUCGCGGCGAUAUGGGUUGCGUUCAUUGCAUUCUUUUUCAAGUUGCUCACGGUGUAGAACAGCUUUUCGUGGGUACUGCCACAGGCAAUGUUCACAUUUGGAAUUUAAAAACAAAUCGAGAAUUAUGUCAGAUUAGAUCAGGACAGGAUUCUUGUUUAAAUUUGCUAAGUUUAAGGAAUGAGAAUUUGUUUGUACAACAUAAGUGUGGCUUAAUAAAGACAUAUAAGAAAACAGAAUCUGAGUGGAGCUUGUACAAAUCUAUCGAUAUAGACUUUUAUCACUAUUGCAGGUUUCAAGAAUUUUCUGAAAAUGAAAUAUUUGUACCACUUAAGGAAUCCAAUGUUGGAAUAUUGUCGUCGAGUACAUUUAAUGUAGAACUAAAAUUAAAUCCUUCAAAUUUUAAAAAAUUAGGAGAGGUAAUGUUCAUUAAGCCAUUGAAAAAUGAAAAAUUAGUGUUAGUUGGCUAUGAAGGAGGCAAGUUAAUUCUAUGGGAUGUAAGACAAAAGAGUGUAUUGAGUUUCUUGGCAAUUCAAACAUGUCCAAUGGCUUUGGAUUUUGAUACUGUCUUAAUGAAGGGAAUUAUUGGUAGCCCUUCUGAUCAGUUACAGGUAUUCACUUUAUCAGAAAGUCAGGUACUGCGUAAUAAAACUAAAAUUACAUUGAAAAAUUCUGGUACAUCUGUGAUUGUUAUAAGACCUGAUAGCAAGAUUGUAGCAGUUGGAGGAUGGGACAGCAGAGUCAGAAUAUAUUCAUGGAAAAGUCUAAAACCUCUGGCUGUUUUAGAUCAGCACAGAGACACAGUACACGACAUUGCUUAUUCUUUAAUGAGGUUAGACACACGUAAUGAUAAAUAUGUGAUGGCCACAGCUGCAAAAGAUGGAUAUAUUGCAUUGUGGGAUAUUUACAAUUAAACGUUGUUGUAAAAUUACUAAAAGAAAAAUGAUUGAGUAAAUUUAUAUAAAUAAACAAAAAUUCAAUCCUGACAUCGGCAAUGUUACUUUGAAAUUUUACACUAAAAAAGUACAAGAAAAAAUAACAAUAGCACUAAUUAUCCUUAAACAAUUUGUUAAAUGGAACGCUAAUAACUGUAUCCACACACAGCAUCACCAACAGCUGUAAAAAUAAAAAUAUUUUUGGAUUUUUUAA